GCGAAUAAAAUGAGAAUCGGUUUAGAGAACACAAUGAUAGUCGAUGUGGUUUCUGAGCAGAAUUUUCGUAUCUCAAGCAAGAAAAAGAACGUGUUGAGUCAGCAGUUCUCUCAGGAUGGUGAUCUGUUGUAUAUGGGAUUGUGUGGAGGUGAUAUGGUGUGUUCUGAUCUACGUCUCAAAAGUCAUCAUAUUGUUAAUACGUUUGAAGAGUCGAAUUCAGUUGGAUGGAUCAGAUUGCUCAAAACACAACCGCAUCUGAUUCUUACGGAAAAUUUCGCUGGAGAGUUGAAAUUAUGGGAUGUUCGCUCGAGGAAAACAUUAAUAUCUUUUGAAGGUCAUAAAAAUAGUCAUUAUCGUUUGCCUUGUUUUGUGGAUAACAAUGAAAAAUUUGUUUUCGCUGUUGGCGAAGAUGGCACUUCGCGUGGAUGGUCAUUAAGAACGGGUAAUCUCUUAUGUGCUCUGCCGAGCCCUCGUCCCAUCGAACAACGUACCGAUUUCCCUCGUAUUGUCUACUCGGAGAACUGGGCUGCUCGUGCCGGUAAUUCGGCGAUCGUUAUUGCUGUUGAAGGCGAUAUCCGAGUGCACCAAUUAACUCUUUAA